AAGAUGACAGAUAUCCUGCCUGAAGCCCAUACAUUGACAUCUCAUGGAGUCCAGGUGGCCAGAGUAUAUUUAUAUGACUGGCUAAUUCUUCUGCUUCUUGUGGUGAUUGAUGGCCUUCUUAAUUUUGUAGAGCCCUUUCACCGCUUUGUCGGGAAAGAGAUGAUGACAGAUUUGAAAUUCCCCUUCCAUAAAGAUACUAUUCCAUUCUGGGCUGUCCCAUUUCUUGCAGUAUUGCUGCCUUUAGUUGUUUUUUCCAUAAAUUACUAUUUCAGAAAGGAUGUUUAUGAUUUUCACCAUGCUAUACUAGGUCUUCUAUUUUCUGUUCUGCUAACUGGAGUUAUAACGGAUUCUAUCAAAGAUGUUGUUGGUAGGCCGAGACCCAAUUUCUUUUGGCGCUGUUUCCCUGAUGGAAAGGCGGUUUUUGACAAAAUUACGGGUGAUGUUAUCUGUCACGGAAAUGCAAAGGAUAUAAAGGAAGGAUACAAAAGUUUUCCUAGUGGUCAUACUUCAUGGUCGUUUGCUGGUCUUUCUUUCCUUUCAUGGUAUUUGUCAGGUAAAAUUAGAGCAUUUGAUCGUAGAGGCCAUGUUGCGAAACUCUGCAUCCUCUUUUUUCCAGUACUGGUUGCUGCUUUUGUGGGUGUUUCUCGGGUGGAUGACUACUGGCAUCAUUGGACGGAUGUUUUUACUGGAGCUCUUAUAGGAUCAACCAUGGCAGCAUUCUGUUACUUGCAAUUCUUCCCUUAUCCACGUGAUGAGGAUGGUUGGGCACCUCACGCAUAUUUUCAGAUGCUGACUGACAGAAAUAAUGGUGCUAAAUCUCCAGGAAGCUGUGCCAACUCUCCCUGCAGGCAUCAAACAGAUAUCGAGAUACAACCUAUGGGAUCAAUAGAAUCAAAUUCCCAAUUUUGA